CGGCGCAAAAAGGUUGACAAUGUCAGCCCGAGAUCUGUCGAGAGACCGAUUGGAGUCUAUUUUUAAGGUUGAGCCAGAUAGUCUUUAUUUAGAGGACGACAUCACAAGAGAAACAUUUUUUCCAGAUCAAUCUGGACAGUUUCAGACCACCCUGAUGAGAGACCGAGGAUCAUUUGCUGUCUCAGGGACAAGCAAAGAACAAGUUUUGACACCAGUUGCAGGCCCUUCAACACCAUUAUCCUGUCGCCCAAAAGGGAGCCCUGCCUUUACACACCCAUCUAAUACAUUUCAAAACCCUCUCCGAAGGACCAAAUCAGCAAGAAAACAAAUUUAUGUAGCAGACAUUGAGGACAGCGGGAAAAUAUCUCCAUACACUACAGUACAUGUCACAAUAUCCGAAGGCCAGGGUGUUCAGGCAGUGGGACAAACAGUGCAGGAAUAUUUAAAUUCUGCUGAUAGCUACAGUAUCUGCGAUGCCAAAGGGCUGGCAAUUGCGGAUACAUCAGAGACCAAAGAUUUGGAAUUUUGGAAAACAUCAAGCCGGAAGGUAUACGCCAUCAGAACAGUAGACCUGACCAAGCUCAAGACGGGAAGACUUGAAAGUGCCUCCAAAAAGAAAAGGGUGGACCCCGAAGAAAAUGAAGUUCUAGAUGGCCUGCUUGGCAUUGAGCUUGAGAUAAAAAACUCUGCAUCAAAGCUAGCUGAAAACAUAGAUGAAAAAUUUAACGAGCUAACCAUUUCAGUCAACCACAUUAAGGCUAAUGUCCUAGAGGUAGUGCAACAGAUUGACGUUUUAGCGGAGGUGAAGGAGAAAGUUUCUCAAGUGUCAAAGUCACUAUCCAUUGCUUCCUCUCUGCGAGAUGCGUUGGCAUGUAGGAUGUGCACAAACAUCCCAAAUUCUGUGCUUGUUAUAACGGCAUGCUGUGGCCAGGUGGCAGGGUGUGGCCCCUGUAUCCAGACCUAUCUAAAUGAUAAUGACAGCUGCCUUUUAUGCAAGGCAAAUAUGUUCGCAGGCAAACUGGUGUUUUUAAGAGGCCUGAGUGAGGUACUGGCAAAACUGACAAAUGCAGCGACUUAAAUGUGGUCUGGCUGACAGUUUGGCUCAAAAGUUCAGA